AUGAGCAGAAAUAUUCGCACGUUUCGUGACAUUGGAAACAACGACGAUGGGGGGCCGGACAGCGACGAUUCAGGAGCCGAUGCCGCCGAGAGAGGAGCCCCACAGGAAUUUUACGCUGGAAGCGGACAAGCAGUUCAAGGACCACGUGGAGCUGCUGCUCGAGGCCCGGAUAGUGAAGCCCACAUUCGGAGAAUCCUUCAGGCCGCCGAAGUGGUUCAGCCAGAGGGAGGAGAAGCUCCAAGAGGACGCCCGUCAGGGAGAGAAACUAUUAGCCUAACGCUUCACCUGUGGUCCGACGGCUUAUCGAUCGAAGACGGCCCGUUAAUGUCUCGCCAGGACCCCAGAACUAUUGAAUUCUUGGAAAGCGUCGGAAAAGGUGAAAUCCCUCCAUCACUUGUUCAACAAUAUCCGGGAAAAGAAAUCGAUUUCAAAGUGAACCGCCACCACGAGGAGUACGUUGCUCCGAAGAUGAAGCCAUUCGGCGGUAGUGGAGUCCGUUUGGGAAAUGUUGUCCCAACAGUUUUGGGACAAUCAUCGUCGUCUGCCACCACUGCUGGGACAUCAUCUGCAACAACUGAUCAUAACCCGGAUCAUACUGCUGAAAAUGAGGCAAAACAGCUGGAAGAUGCUAAGAAGGAGCUGAGCACCAAUAUGAAUGAGCCAACGACUAAUAUCCAAAUCCGUCUGCCAAACAAUCAGCGUCUCGUCGGUAUUUUUAAUCAUUCUCACACACUUGAAGCAGUUCGUACAUUCAUUUGCACCGCCCGCCCAGAUAUGAUCUACGCUCCAUUCCAAAUGAUGGCUGCCUACCCUCCAAAACCAUUUGAAGACGAAUCACAGACUCUGAAGGAUGCAAAUGUGCUCAAUUCGGUCGUCGCCGUGAAAAUCUUGCCCACCACCAACUGAGGAGAUUCCUGACGCUGCUUUUUUGGCGGGAAAAUUGAAAAUUGAAAAUUUCAUCUGAAAAAAUUUCGAAUUUCUACUCGUUUUUACCCCCCAAAACCUCUCAAAUUCCCUGAAAAUACCUGUAUUUUACGCUAAAUUAUUUGAUUUUUUCCCCCCAUUUCCCAAUAUCGUUUUUUUUCUUUCUUCUAUCACACUUUAAUGCAUAAAAAAAGUACACCGUUUUCUGUGAAAAAUUGCGGCGAUUUUUAUUGA